AUGAGACUGCCCCUCCCAGAGACAGAUCUGGACACACACCCAAAUCCUAGGGACUCUAGUCCUGUCUUGGAUGGGCGGGGCCAUGAGUACUAUGUCCCUGCUGCAGACCCAGAUUUUCCAAGGGAUCCUCGGACCCACUGCUGCAGGCAGCAUGGAUGGAGCUCUACUGCUUUUCCUCCAAACACAGAGGAUAUUUUAUACCACGGGGCUCACGUGAGAAGCCUCCGCCACACUCGUCACUCUUUCCGCACCACCGCACCCACCGGGGAAUUUGUAUUUUGUCCCCCAGGGAGGACCUUCCCAAGCACGUGUGAGAUAAAAGCUGGCUCUAACUUUGCCUUCACUGAUCAGGAUUCUUCAGUUCAAUUUCUCGAAAUGAGGCUCCCUCUUCAGCUCCUGGGGCUGCUACUGGUCUGGAUCACCGGAUCCACAGGAGAUGUCGUGAUGACCCAGACCCCACUCUCUCUGUCCAUCAGUCCUGGAGAGCCGGCCUCCAUCUCCUGCAGGUCCAGUCAGAGCCUCCUACAUAGCGAUGGAAACACCUAUUUGAAUUGGCUUGUGCACAAACCAGGCCAGGCUCCAAGGGGCAUGAUUUAUCUGGUUUCCAACCGGAUUUCUGGCUUCUCAGACAGGUUCAGUGGCAGUGGGUCAGGGACAGACUUCACACUGAAAAUCAGCAGGGUGGAGGCUGAGGACGUCGGAGUUUAUUACUGUUGGCAAGGUUCCCUCGCGCAGCUACCUGUGCUCUGUGCGCAGUCUCGUCCAGGUUCUGCUCGGCCUCCCCGUGGCUGGCAACCUCACUGGGCCCGGUGGUCAGGCAGGAGGUCACUCCCAGCCCAGUCCAGCUGCACAGAUUCUAUAAAAGGAGCCUUUGCAAUGAGAUCUGAACUGCAUCACACCAGGAGGGACAGCAAGAUGGCGUCCCGGACACCAAUCUUCCUGGCUCUGUUGCUCUGGGUCUCUGGUGUCUGUGGUGACAUUGUGAUGACCCAGUCUCCAGGCUCCCUGUCAGUGUCUGUUGGAGAGAGCGCCACCAUCCGCUGCAAGUCCAGCCAGAGUCUUCUAUACAGUAAUGACAACAAGAACUACUUAGUCUGGUACCAGCAGAAAGCAGGACAGUCUCCCAAACUGCUCAUCUACUGGGCAUCCACCCGGGCAUCUGGGGUCCCAGACCGGUUCAGCGGCAGUGGGUCUGGGACGGAUUUCACUCUCACCAUCAGCAGAGUGCAGGCUGAAGAUGUGGCCAGUUAUUAUUGUCUGCAGAGUUAUAGUACUCCUCCCACAGUGAUUCAGCCUCGAACAUAAACUUCCUCUCAGGAUCUCCCCAGCUGCUUGCUGCCUGAAAGACAGUGCCUUGCUCCAAUGCAUGAGAGAUUUUGCAGAGCUUAGUAGAAAAUAAGGGGUCUCAGGAUCUCUUUAUUCUUUUGUU